CUCGUUCUCUCUUUUCUUUGGGCUAGAAUAUGUCACCACCUGCUGGUAGGAAAGGGGAGAGCGGUACAGCGCGUGUCCUCGGUUCAGGCACAUCCGGGAUCGCCGAGCUGCUCGUCUUCCAUCCAGUGGAUACGAUCGCCAAGCGGCUCAUGUCCAACACCUCCGUCAACGUCUGGUCUUUCUCCGGUGCCAACCAAGUCAUCUUCAGGCAACACGCCUCCUCCCCGGUGUUCACAAAGUUCUUCUCUCUCUUCCCCGGACUCGGCUAUGCAGCAGGGUACAAAGUCGCCCAGCGGAUAUACAAGUUCGGCGGCCAGCCAUGGUUUAACGAUAUCCUUUCCCGGAAGUAUGGUGCCUGGUUCAGGGGCACCUUCGGGGACAGGAACGGGAAGAACAUCAUGCACGCCACAGCGGGCUCUUUGACAGGGAUCGGGGAGGUAGUGUUGCUUCCACUGGACGCGCUGAAGAUCAAGCGCCAGGUCAAUCCGGACGCGUUCAAGGAUAGGGGGUUCAUAAGGAUCGUCGCUGAGGAAGGGACGACGCUGUACCGCGGUUGGGGGUGGACGAUGGCGCGGAACGCUCCUGGGUCAUUUGCCCUUUUCGGUGCAUCGGCAUAUACAAAAACCCAGCUACUGCACAUAGAAGACUUCAGCAAAGCGACCUGGACCCAGAACUUUAUCGCCUCCGUCGCAGGCGCGGUGGCGAGCAUCACAGUUGCCGCGCCGCUCGAUACGAUCAAGACGCGUAUCCAGAACCAGAACUUUGAGACCAAGGUUUCGGGGUUUAUGGUGUUUGCGAAACUGAUGAGGGAGGAGGGGCCGAUGGCGCUGUUUAAGGGCUUGACGCCUAAGAUAUUGGUCGUAGGCCCCAAACUGGUGUUCUCGUACACUCUCGCCCAGAGUCUCAUCCCCUUCUUUGCGCAAUACGUAUAACAGUAUCACAUCCGGUGGCGCUCUCCGCCCUGCACGCGGCGCACCCAGCUGCUGUACAUGGCCCACCCCGCAGACUAGACUAGACUAGAACGGACCCUCACCCGCACCACACCCGUACCCGCACCCGCACUCGAGCACUGUUCCCUAUUGUUGGAUAUUGGUUAAUCUAA